GGAUAAUGAUAAUUUUUGAUAAAGGUGAUAAUGUGGAUAUGGCUGUAAUGGCACAAAUAAAAUUCAACAAUUGGAAAUUUAUGGAGUGAUUACUGAGUAGUGACAAUCUCCCGUGUUUUAAGCGAUUCCUUGACGUACUCGCUGUGUUUGACUGUUUCUUGGAUGCACUGGAGUCUGAAUUGCUUCUAGUCAACUAGCUCUAUUACCUGUGAUCGUCUCUAAAGGAAGACCCCAUCCAAGCACCAUGAGUUCAGGAUUUAUUUCUGAAAAUGAGAUUGCAGAAAGAAAGAAACAACGCCAGGAAGAAUGGGAGAAAGUUCGCACAGCAGAUCAGCCGAUAGAGGCUCCUGAAGAAGAGUACGACCACCGAUCUCUGUUCGACCGACUGCAGGAACAGAAGCAGAAAAAAGACUAUGAGUAUGAAGAAGCCCACAAACUGAAAAAUAUGAUCAAAGGCCUGGAUGAUGAUGAAGUGGAGUUUUUAGAUUUAGUAGAUCGUCAGAAAAUAGAAGAAGAGCGUAAGAAGCUUUUAGAAGAGGCAAGAGAGUUGGCAGAAUUUCGAAGCAAAGUUGCCUCUCUCCAGGAGGAAAAUGUAGUCCAACGAAUUCAAGCUGAAAUCAAACCAGUCAAUCCACCUACUGUGAAUAGCAAUAGAACUUCUCAAACAAAAUUAUUAGCUGGUGCAAUUAAGAAGAAACGGCAAGCGGAAUCACCUCCAAAAGAAGCUGGAGGGAAAAAAGUGAAAACUGAUAAUUUAGAAGCCAAUGGAUCUGCCAUUGAAGCUGCUCAGUCAAGUUCAGUAUCUGUUUCUGAGAGAGAAGUAACAAAAGGAACAGAAUCUAGUCCGAAUUCAGAUUCAGAUUCGAAGCCUGUAAUACAUCUAGGAAAGAACACAAGUUCAGCAGUGUCUUCCCCAGUCCUCAAGUGUAUCGGUAUUCUACCCGGUCUUGUUUCCUACAAUUCAAGUGACAGCAAUUCUAGCUCAUCAUCGGAUGACGAAUCAUGUCAGGAGAUCUGCCAAAAAAAUUAAUCUCAGCCUGAUAGUCUACUUUAUUUGGUUUGAGGACCCUGUCAGUCCAGUAGAAUGACUAAAUCCAGAGAAUCUUCCCAAAAUUAAUGUUCAUGAAGAGAAACUCUUCACAUUUUCUUCUAAAGAUUGCUCACAAAAUAUGGAACACACUGUAGAAGGAAUCUGUUCGAGCAAACUCAAGAUCAAGUUGGAGUGAUUUAUAGGUAAUUUGAUAUAUCUAACAAUGAUGUAAGUACCUACAAGAUUUUUUGCAGAAGAGUUGUUCCUUACUGCAAAUUUCCAAACAUGGCAGCAAUUUGUAUGUGAUUUGAGUGGUUGUCACAUCUCAUUUUCACCUGGAGUUCUUUAUAGUGCUGUCAUGAACACUCUAUGUGGUUUAUUAUCUUGGAACCUUUCAAUUCAAGUUUCUAAGGAUAGGUACUUUAUAUUUCAUUGAACUACAAUUCUUUGUAUGAUGAACAUUAAUUUUGGUAGGUAUUUGUGCUCAUUUAAAAUAAUGAGUGAAUCGAAGUAUAAAGCACUUAAGAGGUUUUCAUUGAAAAUAAGUCUAAACAAUGUAUAGUGUGCCAAUCAGAAAAAUACAAAGCAACCUGUCUGUAAGGGUGAUAUAUGGAAAGAACUUAAAGAAAUCUUUUUGUAAUGAAGAUUUCACCUUACAAAAUUGGCUGGUUCAAUUAUUGUCCAUGGUGGAACUAAUCAUCAAUUACUCAACUCUCACUUUGAUGAAAUAAAAAUAAAAUCACUGAAAAUGAA